CAAGGGGAAGCAGGAAGCUAAACCUUGAGCCCAGCUCGUCCAAGCAUAGUGAAGAACUGAUGAGAAAGAAUGCAGACCUUGAAAGACAACUGCGAGAUAUACAAAAGUCUAUUGACGAGCUGAAAAGUCCUAGGUCGCACCAACAAACCGUGGAUUUGGAUAGUGCUCCACUAAACAUGUCCAUCACAGCAGAACCCUAUCAAGAGGGAUUCAAGAUUUCCCAUCUGGAGACAUAUGAUGGUUCGGGUGAUCCAGAUGAACAUCUGCACACCUAUCAAGCCAUCAUGAGAAUCCAAAAUGCCAAUGAUGCCAUGAUGUGUAAAGUGUUCCCAACGACACUGAAAUCAACAGCCAGGAGAUGGUAUCACAAACUCCCCAGACAUUCUAUAGACUCAUACUCCCAGCUCGCCAAGCUAUUCUCCAACAAAUUCGUGAGCCAGAGAGAGAUCAAACGCACAGCAACCGAGCUGAUGCAAGUCAAUCAAAAGGAAGGGGAAUCUCUAAGGGACUACAUGCAGCGAUUCAACAAAGCCACUUUGGACAUUGAUAACGUCCCAGAUACCAUCUGCCUGUCCGCCUUGCUACAUGGUUUGAAGUGUGGCAGGUUCCUGGAUGACCUCCUAGAAAACCCACCGAGAACUUGGAACGAAGUUAAUGACAGGUCAGCUAGCUUCAUAUUAUCAGAAGACUUCCAAUCGUCCAAGCGACGAGCUGACGAUAAGCAGAGCAAGAGCCAAGAACAGCCACCGGGAAGGGAAGAGAAGAAGAAACAGAAAGUCAGCGAGCAGUGGGGGAAACCCGCUGAUUUCCCCAAGUAUGCCAACUACAUACCUUUAACCUUGCCCAGGUCCCAAAUCCUUGCGCAAAUACAACACUGGGUUAGAAGACCCCCACCCCCACUGUAUGAGUCCUCGAGGGCGGACAAAAGCAAGCAUUGUGACUAUCAUCGUACUUAUGGUCACAACACAGAAGACUGCCAACAUCUGAAGGACGAGCUAGAGUUCUUGGCUCGCAAUGGGAAAUUAGAAGGAUAUGUUCAGAAGCCCCACGCCCAGCAACCCACACAAACUCAUUUUGUACAGGGGUAUGACCGACCUCAAGGGCAGAGGUACCAGCUCGGCGGGGCGCAGGAUGUAUAUCAGGACAAUCCAUAUCCUUCGGAGCAGGGCAGGGCGUAUAGAGGACGUCCGUUCAACAGGAGAGGACAGGGACCCUUGAAGCGGCCGUUCGAAGAAGCAGAAUGGGAGAAUACGCCUAUCACAUUCAGCCCGGCAGAUUACAAGCGAGCAGAAGGAGAGCCUGACAUUAUGAUGCCCCAUGCAGAUCCCUUUGUGGCAACGGACGUGUUUGCGUGGACUACGGACGAAAUGCCCGACAUUCCGGCGGAGUUGACAGUCCACAAGCUCAGCACGGACCCCACCAAAAGGCCAGUGGUUCAAAAACGUCGCCUUUUUGGCCUUAAGAAGCAAGCUGCCAUUGACGAAGAGAUACAAAAGUUGUUGCAGGCAAGCUUCAUCAGAAGAGUCGAGUACUUUGAAUGGGUGUCCAACCCUGUGCUCGUCAAAAAGCCAAAUGGCAAGUGGAGGAUGUGUAUUGAUUUCACCAACCUCAAUGAUGCGUGUCCAAAAGACCCUCAUCCCUUGCCAAACGUCGAGAAGUUAGUAGAACGGGCAGCAGGACAUGAACGGAUGAGUUUUCUUGACGCCAGCUCGGGUUACCACCAAGUCCAACUGUCGCUAGACGACCAGGAAAAAACAACUUUUUACGCUGGUGACGCAAUCUACUGCUAUGUCAUGAUGCCGUUCGGCCUCAAAAAUGCUGGAGCAACAUACCAGAAGCUGGUGCAAAUUAUCUUUAAGCUUCAGAUCGGCAGAAACAUAGAACUGAAUCCCUUGAAAUGCACGUUUGCUGUGGAAUCGGGGAAAUUCCUAGGGUACGUGGUAUCCAAGAAAGGAAUCGAAGUAAAUCCAGAGAAGGUACAGGCCGUUCAGCAGAUGGAACCUCCCAACACAGUAAAAGACGUACAGCAUCUGACAGGUCGGGUAGCUGCGUUGCACAGGUUUAUAGCCAGAUCGGCAGAAAGGUGCCUUCCGUUCUUCAAAGCUCUGCGGGAGCCUAAAAACUUCCAGUGGACUGAUGAAUGUCAACAAGCGUUUGACAAGCUCAAACAAUAUUUGGCAUCCGCACCCCUGCUGUCCAAGCCUGUCGAUGGGGAAUGUUUAUAUCUUUAUCUGGGGGUCACAGAAGAAGCAGUGAGUUCAGUGCUACUGAAGGAAGAGAAUAAGAAUCAGAAACCUAUCUGCUACGUGAGCAAAGUGUUACAAGGUGUCGAGCAGAACUACCCGCUAGCAGAAAAGGCUGCUUUUGCUUUGGUCUGCACAGCUCGUAAGCUGAGAGCUUAUUUUCAGUCUCAUCAGAUUGUUUUUUAUACUGAUUUCCCACUAAGGAAAAUAUUGCAGAAGCCAGAACUCUCUGGUCAGCUCAUCGGAUGGAGUGUCGAGCUGAGUGAGUAUGACCUCAAAUUUCAACCGCGCACGACUAUAAAAGGUCAAGCUGUGGCAGACUUCUUGGUUGAAUGUGCCCCGGUGACUGUGAAAGAAAAGGCACCUGAGUACCUAGUUUGGGUUUUGUACGUAGACGGAGUUGCUAAUGUCGACGGAUCGGGUGCUGGAGCUGUGUUACUGGGCCCUGAUGGCUUUAAAUCCGAGCAUGCGCUGAGGUUUAAGUUCCAAACAACAAAUAAUGCUGCAGAGUAUGAAGCCCUCAUUUAUGGAUUGAAGCUGGCGUCCGAGCUGAAGGUACAGAACAUUCAAGUCUUCAGCGACUCUCAGCUCGUGGUAGGCCAGGUAAAAGGCAGCUGUGAAAUCAGGGAUCCUCAGCUUGGUCGUUAUACUUCUGUGGUCAAUAAAUUGAGGGCAGCACAUUUCACUUUGUUAGAUAACCAGCUCUACAAACUAGCAACCUCAAUGCCCCUAUUACGCUGCUUUACUCCUUACGAAACUGAAUACGUUGUGAGAGAAGUUCACGAAGGAGUAUGUGGCACGCACAUCGGUGGUAAAACUUUAGCUCGGAAACUCCUGAGACAUGGGUAUUACUGGCCCACUGUGGUCGAGGACGCUCAGAGUUAUGUCAGAAAAUGUCCGACCUGCCAGUUCAAUGCUGAUGAUAUACACAUGCCAGUGGAUUACUUCAUUAAGUGGAUAAAAGCUAAACCGCUGUUCACGACAACAGAAAGGAAAAUAGAAGAAUUCUUGUUCAAUUCAAUAUUGUGCAAGUUCGGCAUACCUAAGUGGAUUAUCGCUGACAAUGGGCCGCAGUUCCGAGCAGCAGCACUAAGAUCGUUUUGUAACGACUAUGGCAUUGAGCUUGCCUUGACUUGGGUUGACGAGCUCAACAAAGUGCUUUGGUCAUGUCGUACUACUCCCAGCUCGGCCACGGGCGAAACCCCCUUCAGCUUGGCCUAUAGAGCUGAGGCCGUCAUCCCGGUAAAGGUGGGAUUGCCAUCUGAUCGAGCAGGCUGGCAUGACGAUCUCAACAAUGAGCAACUGUUGAGAGAAAACCUAGACUUCGUGGAAGAGGUUAGGGAGAUAUCUAGAAUAAGAAACAUGGCGCAUCAAAGUCGUGUUGCAAAGUUUUAUAAUAAAAGAGUUCGAGCUCGCCAGUUUCAAGUCGGCGAUCUGGUUGUACGCAAAGCUGGAUUGACGAAUGCUUACUCGCACAUGGGCAAGCUCGCGCCUAAUUGGGAAGGACCUUAUAUGGUUAUUUCUAUUCAAUGACCUGGGUCUUACCGGUUAGCAGAUUUACAAGGUCGUCCAUUACCAUUCAUUUGGAACAUACAUAACCUUAGAAAGUUUUACAGUUAAGAGUUAGCUGUACAGUUAACGUGUAUGUUAUUAGCGUUUAGGCCGUCAUGGAUCAGUUGUAAAUGGCAUUUUAUAGAGAAAUCAAAACACAGAAAGUUC